AAACCUUUGAAAUGCUCAUCAGACUGGCUGAGAAUUACACAAGCACACUGUUCUGCAACGCCUAUAGAAACAUGGCUGCUGAGGCUACUACGCAUGUGCGGGAGUUCUUCACCGAUGUUGGACUCUUCAUAUUUGGCACAGACAUCAGUAUUGAGAAAUUUGUCAACAGAUUUUUUGAUACCUUGUUCCCAGUAGUCUACAACCAUGUGAUUAACCCUGGUCUGACUGACAUUUCACUGGAAUAUGCGGAGUGCCUCCGAAUGGCGAGAAGAGACAUCAGGCCCUUUGGUAAUGUUCCCAGAAAGGUCAUAGGACAUAUAAGAAGAUCACUGUUACCCAGCCGGACUUUCUUGCAGGCUCUGAAUUUGGGGAUUGAAGUGAUCAAUACCACAGACCACCUGCAUUUCUCUAAGGACUGCAGCAGAGCUCUGUUGAGAAUGCAGUACUGCCCGCAUUGCCAAGGCCUGACUUUAAGUAAGCCCUGUAUGGGCUACUGCCUCAACGUCAUCCGAGGCUGCUUAGCUAACGUGGCAGAAGUCGACCUUCAUUGGCGGGGAUAUAUUCAGUCUCUGGAGGAGCUGUCAAGUGCCAUGGGUGGGACGUACGACAUCGAGCACGUGCUUCUAAACUUCCAUUCGCUUGUUCAUGACGCCCUCGUACAGGCUGGUGUCAAUGGGCCAGUCUUAUCUGAGCAG